AUGGGCCUCCUUUUAUCCUCUCAUUCAGGUAUGAUUUUUUCAACAAAGUGGGCAAGCUCUGACUUUUCUUUUGCCUUGAUAUUUAACAGUGACAUCAGGGACUUGUUCUCCAAGUUAUUGAACCUGAAUGAUCAGGAGUUGCCCUCACCUGUUUUCUCUGACAUUGGGGAUGACAAGAAGUUACCACUCUGCAAGGGGAGUGUGUUUGGAUCAGAGACCCUGAAGAAUCUACUCUGCAACUUCCUGAAGCAGUAUUACAGUAUCUACGAUGAUGGGGACCGACAGAGUCUCCUGAGUGCUUACCACGACAAUGCCUGCUUCUCACUGAGUACUCCCUUCAACCCUGAGGAACCAUCCCUUAUAAGAUUGGGCCAGUACUCCACAUACAGCAGGAAUAUGAAGCAGCUCAUGGACGUCGGCCUGUGUGUUCAGUUGCUGAAACACACAAAGUGGGAGGUUGUCAAUUUCCUCUGUGUGUUGCCCAAGACCCAGCAUGACUUCAGCUCCUUCGUGGUGGACACCUGUGUCCAGACAGAAAAGAUGCUCUGCUUUUCUGUCGGUGGGAAGUUCAAGGAGGUGCAAGAAAUGUGUGAAACUUGUAUCUGUACCUUCAACCGAAACUUCAUUUUGACGACUGUCAGCGAUUCCAGCAUAUGCAUCAUUAAUGACCAACUGACUGUGACUGACAUGAGCCCCGAAGAAACCCAGAGUGCCUUCAUGCCGGUGUCCACACCCUCCUCCACCUUGGUGCCCACCACAUCCAAGGAGCAGCAAGAAGUGCAGCAGGCCACCUCUAUUGGGUCUGCCUGUGAUUGAGGCCUAUAGGAUGAACUCAUGAAGGGGUGCACAGCCCUUACAAGGAAAACGCCGAUGGAGUCAAGGUUCUGAUCAUCUUCAGCCUCCUUGUUAUUCUCUCUCUUUUAUGCCACUCAAUCUCUAUGUAGCUUUUGAAAGUAGAGUGAGGUUGUUUGUUGUGUGAAAUCUAUGCAGCGACCAUUUGAGUCAUGCGUUAUCAUCACUGCCCCAUAGCUUACACCAUACAGGGGCUGAUGCUACUAUUAAGCAUUGAAUCCUCUGAUGAACAUAGAAUGAAACCUCCAAAGCAGCCAAGGAUCUGGUCGUUGUCAUCCUUAUCCUGUCCCUGUUUCCUCUGGCCACUGUUUUAUGUAUUUGUUCUACCCAG